GCGGAGGCAUGGCGAUGGCUAGGCUCUGCAGAAUUAGGACUAAAGUCGGCAUGGCACCAUCUUUUGGGAGUUGUCUACAAAAUGAGCUCUGGACGAGGCCAUGGAAAAAGGAAGAUGCUCGCCCACCCUGGUUUUUUGGUACAUGGGAGUGUUUGCAGUCACAAAACCAGCGAGUUAAUGGUGUUAAUAAUUAUCUUGGGACGCGAGAGCCAUCUGCAUGUCUCUGCCGCUCAGCCCCUGCUGCUGUGGUCCGACAAAAGGCUGUGGAUGAGAAAACAGAAGAGUUCAAACUGGUCUACAGGUUUCCGGGGAUUAAGUACUGCAGGGUACUGUCCAGACUGAAGCUGUUACAGACUGCCACCACCGUGGUCAUGCUGCCUCCCAUCUGCUACCUCUAUCUGCAAGACCAGGUUUCUCAGAAUAUCCUCUUGUAUACAACUGGCAUUGCAUUCUUUGCUGGUGCAAUGUUGUAUGGUAUGAGCUACUUUUUCAGACGAAUUAUUGGAUUAAUCUACUUAAGUGAAACUGGCCGUACUGUCAAAGUGGCCCACUUGACGUUUUGGGGAAGACGGAAUGACAUUUACUGUCCCGUAGAGACAGUGAUGACUUUGGAUGAAGUUGGAGAUAGCAAGGGGGAGCUACUUCUCCAGUUCAAACGGUAUAAUAGUACAGAUAUUUUAUAUUUUACGAUUAAGUUUGGCCAGAUUGUAGACAGGCAGAAGUUUACUCAAAUAUUUGGAGAACUUGAGUGAUACAGCAGCUGAUUUCCAGUGAUUUUCCUUGUUGCGUGUUCAUUGUGCUUAUUCUUUUGUGAAGUUUAAUUAGUUUACCAAACUGACAUACUUCUGUCAUUUUCCUGCGCAAAGCCUGCUGGUAAGUGCUUUCGUGUAGAAAUGGUAAAGAACAAUCCACUGGAUUAAAUGUCUUUGCAGCUUGUUUAAGCCGUGAGCUGCGUCUCUGCCAUGUCGGAUACAGUGAUGUGCAUGGUGCGCUGUCACCAGCAGUUCCAAGUCUAAACUGUCCUGCUUGGAACGUGCAGUAGGAGGCUGAAUUACUGCUGCUGACCCCGAUUGUUUCAGCUGCCCUCUUAGAUUGUUUUGAAACAGGAAAAACUCUUGAAGUGAAAUGCAGUAACUCUGCCGGAGCAUCCUCACUUUAAAUUGUUUCUUUUAGCGAAUUCUAGGUUGAUUGGGAAGCCUCUUGAAAUUAAAACUCGUCUCAUAUGUACAUAUGAUAAAUAAUGCUGGAUGUCAGAGAGAUACAUGCUUAUGCGUUAAUGAAAUUGAGGUAACUGGAAAGAGCGGUAUAUAAUGCUGUAUAAGGUCUGUGGGGUCUCUUGUUAAGGUCUUCCACGAUGUGAACGUAACUGGGCAAAACAAGGGUGUAUGUUGCAAGACACACGGACAGUUCAGCUGUAAGGGUAAGUGAAAGACUGGGACAGCAUUUCAGGAGCCUCUCGUAGAAAUUGCUUUCCCAUUGGAAUCAAGGAAAAACAUCCCUAAAUUAUGAUGCUGUGCAUUUCCGGGACAGUCUGUGAUCCUUUGUUCAGUUUGGAUCCUAAUGAUCAUCUGAAAUUUUGGAACUACUUGUCCUUCUUUGCAUAUAUUCAUGUUUGUGUUUGUUUUGUAUGUAUGGAUGACAUUUAAUCAAUGCUGUAACACUGGAGUUGCAAAUACUUCAGGAAAUGUUACCAAAAUUAUCUUAGACUAUGUGAGUUAAGCAGUCUUCUGUGAAGAUUACCAUAUAGCCUGGGAAACAAGUUAUCUGUAUCCCUUGAUUGAUACUGAUUGAUACUGAUUUGGGCCUAUUUUAACAUCAAAAGCUCUGUUGCCAAAUACCCUUUCCAGUCCCUACUCCCCCAGUCUGGGUUUACGUAAAAUGAAACGAGAAAAGGUAAGAAGGACGCCUAAAGCUAUGUAGAAUUAAGGCUGAAAAUAUGUGUCCUUUGUAUUCAGUUGAACUUGCAGGGUUGACCACCUGAGAACCUGUGUCCGUGAAGGACAAUGGUCGUAUUCUGUGGUGUUAGUAUGAUUCCUCCUUUUCAAAAACCAAAACCUCAGUAGAAAUGAGGAGCUGGAUUUAAACCCGAGAAAGAAUCAAACCUGAUCACUUGUAACAUGUAAAACUUUUUUUGAAUUGGCAGAAGCAAGUUAACUCCUUACACUGCUCUUCUAGCUGUUACUUCAUUUGAAACUGGCAAAUAAACUGACCCUCACCAACAGAGAAAUUUGGAGUGUUCUGUUCCCUGUUUCUUCCUCAUGUGUAUUGAAA